AUGUCGGUGCCAAGUCGAGACGUCUAUCUUGCGCAGGGUUUCGACCCAGCGUCAUUGCGGGUCCCCCAGCUCCGCUCCAUCCUCCACGAAUACAACGUUCGUCACCCAUCUACCGCGAAGAAGGCCGAUCUCAUCGCCCUCUUCGUUUCCGAAAUUCAGCCCCGUUCCGCUGCCAUCCUCGCCCAGCAAGCUCGUGUGCGGCCUUCCUCGACGGGCAUUGUAGCCGUCUCGUCAACCGGCGAGGAGGCGCCUGCGGCGCCCAUCAUUGGCAAGCGUCCCCGCGCCCGAUCGAGGAAGGCAGCCUCGUCAGCUGCUGAGGACCCCAAGUCCGAGGACGACGUCGUCGCUGUGCCCGCCAAGCGGACACGGUCGCGCCGCUCGACCGUCGACGUAGCGGACGAGGAGGCUGCGCCGACCCCGGCACCAAAGAAGAGAGGCCGCCCGUCGAAGAAAUCAAAGGAAGUUGCCGAGGUUGACGAGGACGGUGACGUGAAGAUGGAGGAUAUCCCGGAGGCAUCUUCCCCGCUCCCGCCACCUCCUCUCAAGCAACGCCGCAAAUCUGCGAAGGCGGAAGCACUGGUCCACAGCAACCAGGAGCCUGUCGAGGCGCCGCGGACGGUUCCUGCUACCGCGCCCGCCGCUGUGCGCAAGCCGCGCAAGUCCUUUGUGCCGGCUCCCAAGCCUGAGGAACACAUGACGCCUCAGCGUCCGCGUCGGUCAUCAAAUGUUGCCGACGGCAGCUCGCCGUUUUCGGAUUACAACCCUUUCCAGGCUGGUAGUGCCGAGGCUGCCGAGGUUGCCCAUCGACGUCGCAAGUCUUCCCUUGGUCUCGGUGAGGGCAAGCGCAGAGCCCCGCGUCCGAGCGAGUGGACAGCCACCUCGCAACCAUCUGCCUCCAUUCUCCGCAAGGUCGGGCCCUCGAAUGAGAAUCUCCGUUCUCCAGCACCGCCCACCAAGGUUGCAUAUGCGGAUGAGGUCGCAGAGGCGGACGCAUACAACGCCGUUGUCGAGCGCAAGUUCGGCGAGGUCACCAGCGCCCACACUGAUGAGCCGGAGAUCACUGUAACAACCACUACCCAGGUGGUGGAGAGGCCAGUGCAGAGGUCUAAGGGCAAGGCGAUCAUGCGCCGCAAGCCACGGCCAAACAGCAAGGUACUUCCGUUGUCGCUCUUCGGCAUCCUGCUCUUCCUUUUGACUGCCCAUUACAAGUCGAUGUCGGCGAGCAAUGGCUUCUGUGACGACAACAGCCGUACCAACAGUGUCAUUCUCAGCCGCGAACUCCCUAUCAAGGCUGCACAAGACUGCAUCUCCCAGCGCUCGCAGGACUCGUCUGAGUUUGCAACAACGGAUUGUAACCUGCAGGCAUUACCGCUGGUCCCGUUCUUCCCACGUCCACAGGAGUGUACACCGUGCCCCGUCAACGCACAAUGCAACAGGGGCGAGGUCAUCUCAUGCGACCCAGAAUACAUCCUCAGACCUAGCCUUUUGGCACCUCUCUCGCCUCUUUUUGAUGGAUGGCCAAUGUUGCCUUCGCGCGUUUUCCCUCCCAAGUGCAAGCCGGACACUGCGCGCAUGCGCCAGAUCGGCCAACUCGCAACGCAGGUUGAGCGCUUCCUCGCGCAGCGCCGGGGCACGUUCGAGUGCACCAACACGGCUGUUGAUCUUACGGUCGGCCCGGGCGUACGUUACGGCGUUUCGGAGAAGGAGUUGCUCAACAUGUUCGCGGAGCGCCGAGUUGACUCGAUCGACCGCGACGACUUCAACGAGAUGUUCCAGCGCGCUGUCACGGACCUCGUCAGCCACAAGGAGCUCGUCGAGUCCAUCGACGAAUACGGCACGUCUUACUACACAUCCGCGCGUUCUGAGAUGUCGAUACCAUGCCGCGUCAAGCUCCACUUACUGGGACUCCUUGACGAAUGGAAGUCGGAGGUGGGCGGCACUGUUGCCGUGAUCGCCGUCAUAUUUGCCCUGCGCAACCGCGUCCAGGCAUCGCGCACCGAAAGCAAGCAGGUGCGUGAGUACACGGAGAUGGCGGUGCGGCGGCUGCAAGACCAAGAAUAUCGUCACUAUACCGAUCCCGUGCUGAGCCCCACGUCGUACAUGCCGCCCGCGCAACUGCGCGAUGUUAUCCUCCCCGCGUCGCUCGGCCAGGGCGCUAAGCAGCGAGUCUGGUCCAAGGUCGAGGCCAAGGUGGAGGAGAACGCCAACGUCCUCGUGCGCGAGCGCGAGGUCAAGGGCGACGUGUGGAAGACGUGGGAGUGGAACGCCAUCGGUGGUGGCCGCGCAGUCCAAGUCCCGAGCAGCCCACCAGCGAUCGAGCCUCGGCCACCGGCCUUUUAG